CACAAGCCGCAGUGGUUUCGUAUCAGCCGAAACAGUAGGUCACCUAAACCACAUUUAUGCAUACCAAAAUUUUUCUGUGUGAUCUUUCAGUGAAAAAACAUAAGAAAUUAGGACAUUGGUUGGGUUUGCGAAACCGUUUGUAGAGGCGUCGGCUGGAUCAGUUGAUGGGCGGUGUUUUUGACGGCGUUACAUGAGAUUUAUUCAUUCAUAGCAGCACAGAUAAAUGUGUCUACAGCGAGGACGUUUACCUGGCCCCUGGGCGAUGUGGCUCUGACGGAGGGCGCCGCUCGGCCCGUAUUGUUUCCAGGAUGUGAACUUCUGCUUGUCAAGCUGACUGCAUCAGCAACACAAUGGCAGGGUUCGAUCCCUGGGUGAUUCCGGCGGAAUCUCGGGCGAAAUUUGAUGCCCAGUUCCGUCAGAUGCAGCCUGCGGGAGGCUUUAUAACAGGUGAACAAGCCAAGAAGCUGUUCCUUCAAUCUGGAUUACCACCUGCAGUGCUUGCCAAAGUAUGGUCCUUAGCAGACAUGGAUGCAGAUGGCAGGAUAAACCAGCAUGAGUUUGCCGUGGCCCUGCACUUAAUCCAGAUGAAGCUGAAAGGCAUUGAGCUGCCAGCAACUUUGCCAGCUUCCCUCCGGUCGCCAACGACAUUCCCUACUGCAAACUUUGCUGCCGCCUUUGGGCCCCCACUUGAGUCCGUGGGUUCACCGGUGGCUCAACCUCUAGUCAACACAGUAGCUCCUGUUCCAGGUCCUGCCUUUCCCGUGGUGCCCUCUCCUCCCACCUUGGCUGGCACUCCCCAUCCGGCGCCACUGGGCAUUCUUCCAGGUGUCGGUGUUCCGCCCAAGCCACCGGCACCUGCAUUCGUGCCACCUGCUGCCUCCACGCCGCCUUCACUGACUGAGUGGGCAGUGCCGCAGCCUUCAAAACUCAAGUACACCCAGCUGUUCAACACGCACGACCGAAGCCGCAGUGGGUUUCUCGGCGGCGGCCAGGCUCGCACCAUUCUACUCCAGUCAGCCUUGCCUCAGCCUGUUCUUGCCCAGAUCUGGAACCUGUCAGACAUAGACUCUGAUGGGCGACUAACAUGCGAGGAGUUCGUUCUUGCCAUGCACUUGGUGGACUGUGUGAAAGCAGGGGAUGCGUUACCAGCCAAGCUUCCUCUGGACUUAAUACCACCUUCAUACCGGCGCAAGCGGUCAGACAGUGUCCAGUCCUCAGGUCCCAUGCCAGAGUUACUGGGUGCGCUGCCAGGUGAGAUGCCGCUCGACGACAAGAACAUGGCCACCUUUGAGGACAAGCGGAGGGCCAACUUUGAGAAGGGCCAGGCAGAGCUAGAGAAGCGGCGGCAGGCCCUGCUUGAAAGCCAGCGCAAGGAGCAGCAAGAAAGGGAACGCAAGGAGCGGGAGGAGCAGGAGAAGAGGGAGCGCAUACGACAAGAGCAGGAGAGGCGUCGUCAAUUGGAACUUGAAAAGCAGCUGGCUCGGCAGCGAGAGAUUGAACAGGAGAAAGAAGAACAGAGAAGGAAAGCACUGGAACAAAGAGAGGCUGCUCGGCGAGAGAUGGAGAGGCAACGCCAGCUAGAGUGGGAGAAGCAGCGGAUGCAGGAGCUGCUCUCCCAGAAGCAGCGGGAGCAGGAGAACAUCAGCCGGCUCAAAGGUCACAGGAAGGCCCUCGCGCUGCAGAUUGAACAAGUGGAGAACAAAAUUAACGAGGCGAACCAAAAACUGACAGACACAAAGAAAGGUGUUGCUGAGAUGAAAGCGUUCAUUGACGAGAUGAGAGUAGAAAGAGACACCAAAAUGAGGGAACUCAACGAAACAAGAUUGGAACUGAAGGAAAUCAACGACAAAAUGCUUCUCUUGAAUCAAGAGAAACUUAGCCACCAGGGCCGGUUGAAAACAAUUGGAGCCAACAAUAAUUACUCUCUCGCAAUGAACAGCUGUGGGAGCAAAGAGAUCAGUUUGAACAUGUUACGCUCAACGCUGGCCAGCGUUGAGAAGGAAGCCGAGCUCAAGCAGCAGGACGUCGACAAUAACAAUGCUCAGCUAAAGGAGUUAAAAGAUAGGUUAGCAGACCUUGUUCAGCAGAACGAGACAUUGAUGAGAGAAUUUACUCAGAAGAAGCAGCAAGUUCUAGCACUAAAGAAGCAGAAGAGCAGUUCCAUAACAUUAGAUGCCUGGAAUGACAACUCGGAGUUUGCAUCUGCAGAUUCAUGGCCAGGUGAAAGCACUCAGCCUGAGCCUUCCUCUGGUCUUGUAAAAUACAGAGCACUAUAUGCAUUUGAGGCACGAAAUGCAGAUGAGCUUUCGAUAAUGCCAGGAGACAUUAUCAUGGUGCAGGAGAACCAGCACGGGGAACCGGGUUGGCUCGGGGGAGAGCUACAGGGCAAGACAGGCUGGUUUCCAGAGUCCUACGUCGAGAAGGUGGUCACCUCGCCCACUGGUGGCUUUCCCGUGGACAGCAACCAGGUGGCCGCCGCAGCCGGCACGGCUGAGACUGUGCACAUCGUGGGAACCGAGAUGAAGAUGACCCUGGAAGGAAUUUCCGAGGCCCCGGAGAAUGGUCGCGAGCCGACACUGGACGAAGUGUCUGCGCCCGAUGUUCUGCAGCCCUCGGAGAACUCCUGCUUUACCCAGCUACCCCGGGGGGCCCCCAGUGUGGACACCACAUCUCCUGUGCCUGGCGAGGGAGAAACUGCCCCACAGGGCUUGCAGGCACAAGCUUUGUUUCCGUGGAGAGCGAAGAAGGAAAAUCAUCUCACUUUCAACAAAGGCGAUGUCAUUGCAGUCAAAGAGCAGCAAGACAUGUGGUGGUACGGUGAAUUCCAAGGAAAGCUGGGAUGGUUUCCAAAGUCUUACGUCAGACUCAUCUCAGGCCCUGUGAAGACAUUCAACAACCAGGUGUCGGAUUUACAAGAAUUUGGAGAUGUGCCUCCUGAACCCCCAGCAGAUUUCCCAGUUGCAGCCGAGGAGAAGUACAUUGCCCUGUAUGCAUACCAGUCUCAGGAGCCAGGUGACCUGAGCUUCAAUGCUGGUGACGUGAUCAGUGUCAGCAAGAAAGAAGGCGAGUGGUGGACGGGGACAUUGGCUGGCCAGACGGGAAUCUUUCCUAGCAACUACGUACGCCUGUACGAACCAGAAGUCAAGGAGGAGAAAGCAGCAUCUGCUGCUGAGGAAAUUCCUCUGAAUGCAACUUCCACAUUGCCGACCAAUGAAGAGUUGGGCUUCACUGGAGCGGAGCCAGCAAGACCGGAAACGCCACAAAGUGAUGGCAAGGUGAAGAAUUCCAAGAUAAUAAAGAAGCCAGAAAUAGUGUCGGUCAUAGCCCCUUACAAGGCGACUGGCCCGGAGCAGCUGACGUUGGAGAAAGGCCAGCUCAUUCAAGUGCGGAAGAAAACGGACAGUGGCUGGUGGGAAGGAGAACUACAGGUCAAAGGGAAGAAGCGGCAAACUGGCUGGUUCCCUGCUACUUACGUGAAGGUCCUGGGUGGAAGUGGCACAAGCAGCAGCCGAAACUCUCCUGUUCCUGCAACAUUUGGCUCCAGCACUCGUGGAGAGCAAGUGCGUGCCCUGUUUCCCUUCAUCGGGCAACAAGACGACGAGCUGUCCUUCCAGAAGGGUGAUAUCCUGGUUGUUUUGAGCAAGGAAGAUGCCUCCUGGUGGAAAGGGGAGAUUGCGGGCCGAGUCGGACUCUUCCCAGCCAACUACGUGGAGCCCCUCGACAGGCCAGUUGACAAAUGCGGCAGCCUGCAGGAGAUUCUGUUCAGCCCUUCGCUCAGCACUCGAGAGAAGAAGCGCCAGGGUCACAUCUACGAGCUCAUCUCCACGGAGGAGAACUACGUCAAGGACCUGACCCUCGUCAAAGAGGUGUUCUACCGCCCCAUGAAACAGUCGUCGCUGUUGUCCGACGAGGAGGUGAAGCUCAUCUUCGUGAACUGGCCCGAGCUGAUCAUGAGCAACACCAAGAUGCUCAAAUCGUUCAGAGUGCGCCAGCGAAUGAGCGAAGAUGGCGUCAUCGAAAUGAUCGGAGACAUUCUCUGCGAAAGCCUUCCAUACCUUACUCCGUACGUGAGGUUCUGCAGCUGCCAGGUGCGAUCCAUGGCCUUCAUUCAGCAACGGUCCGAAAACGACCCCCGCUUCAAGGCAUUCACCAGGGAAUUCUGCAAGAACCCGCGAACGCGAGGCAUGCCCUUCACGAGUUUCCUGCUCAAGCCCAUGCAGAGGAUGACCAAAUAUCCUCUCAUGAUCAAGAAGAUCCGCGAGUACACGGACGCGAGCCACCCUGACCGCGGCUACCUGGACGAGGCGCUGGAGAAGGCCGAGCAGCUGUGCACCCAGAUCAACGAGGCGGUCAAGGAGCGCGAGAACGCCGACCAGCUGGAGUGGGCGCAGGCGCACAUACAGUGCAACGGGAUCUCCGAGAGGCUCGUGUUCAACUCGCUCACCAACAUCCUCGGGUCCAGAAAGUUCCUCCACUCGGGAUCGCUCACCAAGGUGAAGAGCGGCAAGGAGCUGGUGGGCUUCCUGUUCAACGACUUCCUGCUGCUGGCGCAGCCGAUGCGCGACGUCGGCAGGGUCACCAACGUCUUCAUGUCCGACAAGGCGAUGAACGCCUCCUACAAGCUGUACAAGCAGCCACUGUUCCUGAACACGGUGCUGGUGGAAGACGGCUCGGACGGAGGCAGCCCGUCGGACGACACCUUCCAGAUAUCGGUUCCCGACGCCCCCCGCAGCGUCUUCCGCGCGGCCAACGCCAACGAGAAGCUACUCUGGGUCAAGAAGAUCAAAGAGGCGGCCCACAACUACCGCAACACGGAGGCGAAACAGAUGAAGGUCUCAGCCACGGCGCCGAAGCUCAGCGGCGUCGGCCGCCUGCUAGUUGUCGUAGUCGAAGGCCGCAACCUGAGAAGCGGAGCGGCGCACGGCCAGUGCGACCCGUACUGCGAGGUGAGCAUGGCCUGCCAGGAGCACAAGACGCACGUCGAGACGGCCACGAGCAGCCCGCAGUGGAACAGCUCCAUGCAGUUCCUCGUCAGGGACCUGCGGAGGGACGUGCUCUGCCUGACCGUCUUCAACCGGGAGCUGUUCUCGCCCAACGACUUCCUGGGCCGCACCGAGGUGCGCGUGUGGGACAUCGUCCAGGAGACCCGGCAGACGCGGGGUCCCAUCACCAAGCAGCUGCGCCUCUACGAGGUGGACCAGGGCGAAGUGGUCAUCCGGCUCGACCUGCACAUCUUCGAGUCGUGACGGCGUGCCUCGUGCCGCUUCCGGCGUCGCCCGCCGCCGGGCCCCUUCUUGCCGUCGCCGGGCCCUUUCUUGGCGUCGCCGGGCUAUUUCUUGCCGUCGGGCCCAUUGUUUUUUCGUACGUGCCGCCGCGGCUUCUGCGUGCUGGCACCCUGUCGAAGGCCGGCGUGUCGGGGCCGGAUAAUAGCCGAUGCCGGUAAUGGUGCUGCGGCGCUUCUUUUUCGCGCAAUGUGGCGAACGUCUCUCUCGCCAAGGCUCGCGCGGUCACGGUGUGUCUCCCAGCGUGAGUCGAAGCGUGAGUCUGUCCAGUGGGACGAUAUAGCUGAAAGUAAGUUUGCCCGCCGCGGCCGCAUACUGUGAACGCUUGAUUUCUCUACCGGUAUCUCGAGAGUCAAGGUAUCAUGCAGGAUUGGCGCAAGGAAGUUGGACAGCGGUAGCGCUGGCUUUGUCAGGGAGGCGUUAGUCCGGUGUCCCCGGUUGCGUAUAUAUUAGGAACCAUAUCCAUUGCAGCCACUGCGCCGAAAAUUCGCGUUUCCUUCACAUUCGGGCUAAAUAAGCGUCGCAGAACAUGACAUAAACGACGUUACGUGCCCUACAGUGCGCGGAUUCGAACCACCGACUUGCCUUUUCAAAGAAGGGCUGGUAUGAUAUAACGAUUCUAUUCCAAACCUAGUAAUUACUUUUCGCGCUUCGUCAGUGGUAUAAAAGCUGCGCUGUUCCCACGUUAUGACCGCAAUCGGCCGCUGGUGAACGGUGGACGAUGGAGAAAUAACAUUGGCCGGAAGGAAUAUCUUCGCGUUGUACCGGCCUGGAUGGGGUUCUACUGCACUACAGCAGCGAAUGGCAACGCGACUGUUCGCGAUGUUGAUAUUCGCGAUUGGAAAAAUACUGGGAAGUGCCCUGCCACAGAAGGGGCGCAGCAGACUGGCUGCGCUGGGUAGAAUUCGUAUAAACAAGCCUCCCGGUUGUACCUGAUCAUAUUUUGUUGAAGCGGUGGUUCUCGGGGGUACGUUAAUUAAUUGCUUUUUGAGGCACCGGUGGAUGCAAAACUUAUGUUGGGACCCUCCAGUGGUGACUGUUUGUGACCACCGAGCCUUCUACAGGGUGCCUGCACUUUUCCAUACGGGUGUGAAAACGAGAGCCCCCGCGUGACGUGGUCAUGUUCCGGGCAUUCAAUCAUCUAUCUUAGCUAUACUGCGCUAGGUUACGUAGGCCGUCGAGGCUGUAUGGCGAGUCUCAAAUAGCGAACUGCCCAAGGGCGCCUGUACCUGUGUCGUGUCGUCAUGUGGCGCCCGAAUGCAGUGCCUAGAAUAGCCAGUGCAGCAGGCGACAUGCUCACUCCACGAGAGCACAGUGAUCAUCUUCGACGUAGGACGCGCGUAGGCCGAGGUGAAUAGUUUUAGUGAAACUCUUCGGCGUAGUGUUACUUCACAGUGGUGCGGACCCUCAGCCAAUGUGCCGCCUGUUAUCGCGUGUAGCCCAUCGUGACCUUCACCUGAGUGCGCAUUUGGCCCUCUGACAUUACUGCAUUUGACAAAGAACGUUGGUGCAAUCUUGGACUAUAAAUGCAGUCGUUGCGUGUGCAGCUUCACAGAAAGAUAGUAUUGUUGAUUGCAACUAAAUAUGAGGAUUUCUGUCCGUUCUGGCGAACGGUCACGUUGGGCUACAUUUCUGUAGCAGACGGUACGUGCAUGUAUGUACAUGUAAGGGAGCUGGCACAGCUUUACCGAAAGUGAAUUUCUCAUCGGAAGUCUGGAACGCCGAAAAUAGUUGGUCCGACGAGUAAGACGUUUUGUGCUUUGAUUCUCUUUCGCGCCACUGUCAGAUACUAUAGUAUUCUGGGCAGCUCGACCAGAUGGGAAAAUUAGACAAAAUUGAAUCUCCUUGUGGGUCCUGCUCAAAGACCAGAGAAUAUUUUCCGUUCGCGUCAAGCGAAGAAAUGCCAACUAUAAAGCCGUGCGAGCUUUCGCUCGUAGCCGCAUGUAGCCGCGGCCAAGUAUAACGUGACUCUAGAUAUCCGCCUUAUAUGCACAACGCAUAGGCAUCACUCGUGGGUACUACGCGGAUGCGAUUGCAGUGACUCAGCCGAGAAUUGUUUAAUGGAAUUAUCAGCGCAGCGAGCCACUACGCAACAACGCGUCUGUGUAGUUGACGAGACCAUAUAGAAGAGUGAACGUAGAAAAACUCAAGCUUAGAAAGUAAGCGACGUAGCGCUACAGUUGGUGAAAAUUGCUGAGCGUCGCGGUUUUUCAAGGCGGGUCACUUCAAGCAGGAAGAAGCAGGAAGUAUAAAAGGAAAAAAAGAAAAGACGGUCAUAAUACGGGAUGGAAGCAAAAACCCACUCGACCGUCAGUGUGCGUUUCAAAGCUGCCUGUCCUUCCACGCAGUGCCCGCGAGCUCGCGUUGACUUUCGAACCCCGAUUCUGUGCGAGCUUUCGUGGUGUAUUUCGUACGCAAGAGUUUUUCGUUAUAACGGACACCAAUAAAAGGGCGAGGGAUAACGGGAUAACAGUGAGUGUAUACGCUGGCCAGUGACGAACUCUUCCCUAUGGGCGUAAAAGCUUUUCCCGAGUUCGGCCCCUGCGCUCUCUCGCGAGUUUACCGUACUCGAGACUCGAGUACAAGCUCACUGUAGUGCCCCGCGUGGCCGCGCUUUCGCAAGCGGGCCUACAGGGUUACCAAAUCUUCUAUGUUGUACCUGGUACGAACCCGUCAUCUUGCCUGUGCUAUGUGAGUAGAAAAUCACUGCUAAUUUUUAAACUUUUUUUUUAUGGGAGCGAAAUGGUGCACGACAGGAUGACGUCACGUCAUUGUUUUACCUGUCUGCCUUUAUUAUUAUUAUUUUUUGUCACGUCUUUUGUAGUGACAGCGGCGAUCAUUCUCUGACCGCGUAAGUUGUCCGUUUGCGUUCCGACCGGGGGCACAAAUGCCGUCAGUGCCGCUCACCGACGACACAAAUGCUAGUCUCAAGAGGCAUUCCCAUACUGCUGCAGCGGGUUUCGCGACUUUAUCAGAGCUUUCCCCGAGUGUUAUAGUUUUUUUUAAUCAUUGUGUGUGUUUGGAGCGAGAAAGUGAAUGAAGCAAGAUGUAUGAUUGCUUGUAUAGGGAACUGUCGGCGCAGUUAUCUGUCCUCAGUUCGAUCUUCGCCGCGAGGUUCGUUGAGAGGUGUCUUCUCUCUGUCCCAACAAUCAGUUCACAUAUGCUAUUUUCUCGUGUAAUGGUCGACUAGAUAUUUUUUCCUAAUUUCCUGCGGUAUAGCGGUUCUCGAGACUAUGGAGCAGUAGGCAACGGACGCAUGCCGGUUUACGGAUGAAACGCGUCCCGGAACAGCAGCGCCUAUGCAGCAGCGUCAAGUGAUGCUGGGAUCCCACUAGCUGGAGAAGUUCUUGUGUCUCACGUCUAAUCGCUCUGCAAAAAGCAAAGAUGUUAAAAAAAAAUCGCCUUCUUGGUUAUUCUGUCGUUGCCGACGAGUUUACGAAAUGAAAUGAAUUGAAUACAAUUGCUCAUAGUGGUAACAUUUGCGUGCGCGCGGUUUGGUUGAACACAGCGUCACAAGACGUCGCCGUUGACGCUUACAGUAUCUACUAAUGCGACUCCGCUAUGCGGUAUCUCUCUAUCAACUGCAUGAAGCUAGUAGAGAAAGCGUAUCCUGUUCUGAAGGACCCUCAAGAACAUGGUUUUGUGUGUGUCGUUCAACCUCGUCAUCGGAUUUCCGUAGUUUUUCCGUGUUUACAGUGUUUUGAAGCCGUUUUUGUCCAUUCCUGGAGCGGGAUGUGCUAGAUGUCUUCAGUGCGCGGCGUUGAAUAUUUGCUGAGGCCUUUAUCCGGAGCAGCGAAGUCUUCAUAUGGAGACCCCGGCGUGUCGCAGCAGCCUGUAAGUAAGGGUUUAAACAAGCCGUCACAUUAUUCUACCCGAGAGUCAAUUCUGUUAACUAAUAAUCAAGAUAUAGUUGAGUCCUCUCAUUGUGUGCACUGUUCUAAUUGGGCGUGGGUACAUGGAGUUCCGCUAUACAUUUGCGUGCGAAUGUGUGCUGCAGAAACUUCGUACCAAACAUUUAGUGCCGUGCAAAAGCCGACGGAUGCGGUCUGUCUUGUGCCACGAGUUUAAUGCGGUAGAGGGUUUUAUGUUAGCGGAACGGAGUGUCGAGAAAUUCGGGAUGUGUAGCUGACGGGAAUUCGGCUCGCUAAACACUGUCACCAGGAGCGAGACUACGAAAUUUAAUUCGAGGCAAAACACGAAACGAACUAGCAUUCCGCAGCGUGCGCAUAGCCGCGUUUAGUGUCCCCCCGUAUUGCGGUGGUCCCAUGUAGCCGCUGCGACUACAACGCUGUCCGUAGAAACCGUAACACGUAACCUUUGUCGAAAGAAACGUAGCUGCUAAGAGCAGACGUGUAGCGUCAUGGCUGUGCCUGUGGAUCUCGAGGAUGAGAACGAAAGUGACCCUCUAUCUCCAUGACCUUUUGGGCAGUGCGGUUGCCACAGAAAGUUGACCAGACGUCUGGGAGUUAGCUUGGCUAGUGCUUGCAGUAGCUUUAUUGCUGUUGGCAAAUGCUAUGUGUAUGGUUUUACAUGAACAUUUCUAAUAACUCGGCGCUUCAUUGCUUCAGCACCCAUUGGAAUCACAGGCACUACUUUGAUUUUUCUUGGACUUGGCCGUGGGCUUCGUUAAAGGGACACUAAAGCGAAACAAUAAAUCAGUUGUCUAAUGAAUCAUUGUUUGAGAACCCUGCAGACAGUCAUUUCAAAGAGAUAGUUUGAUUAUUAGAUGAGAAAAUGAAGGUCCAAGUAUCAGUAUUUGAAUUUCGCGCCGAAACCCCAGCGCCGGUACGUCAGUGUGACGUCAGGGAUUCCAAAGUAUGUUUUCGCAUUUGGGCCGCGUUGUCUGAAUAAAGGUUCCCGAAACUUGCCAUGUUUAAUAUUUGGUUCAUUUAGAACACAAUGUAGUCAAUCUGUACCGCCAUAUGUAAUUAGUAGGCCCUAGAAGAUGCCAUCAAAAUCCAAGACGUCACAGCCACCAGGUGCGGGAACUUGAGUAGGCGUCGCCACCCGUAUUUCGUUCUUGCGCUUUUUACGGCUUACCAAACGUCUUAUCGUUGUAAGAGUGGUGUUUUUGGUGCUGUAGAACGGUAAUUUACUGAUGCAGAAGAAGUUAUUUUUCACUUUAGUGUCCCUUUAAAGGGCAGCAGUCCUUUGUCAGAAGCUCAAAUUGGUCACUCAGGGUGGUCUGUUCCUGGAUACAUUGGCUGGGGUCUGCUGUGUCAUGCCUGGUUUUCCGGAGCACGGGUGGGUGACCAGCACUUUCACUAUUCAUAUAUAGGGUUUUGGAGAAGUGAUAAUUGUACAGGCGCCCUCAUUAUACGGUCCGACGAGCGAUCUGAUCACGCGUUGAGUGGCUCCAAAAACUUUUGAGGGAAGGCUUUAUCUACAUUUUGUCUUGCUUUGCAACGCCUGAAGGUUUUAGCUGUCUUGCCUCUGUGCCUGGCGAUGUUCCUUCGCAGCGAGUAAUACGCGCCGCGGCGUUACUGCGGCUAUCGCGUUCUUGCUGCUGCUCGAGAACGAGGUCGCUGGUUCGAUCCCCGGCCGCAUUCCGAUUGGGGCGAAACUCGUAACCGCCCAUGUUCACGCGCUUAGGUAGGUGCUCGUAAAUUGAACAGCCAAGCGGCAGUCAUCAGUCGGAUCGCCCUCCACUAUACGACCUCCCCCGAAACGCAGAUGUAGCGUUUACACGUAAAUUAUGAAUUCUUACGUCGGCGGAUGUUAAAGUUCAACGCCAAUUUUUAACUAGGAAUUUCCGUUUCGUCAAAUCGCCAAACGUUUAGCUUAUGUAAUUUAGGAUAGCAAUUGCAUUUGCUAUGGAUCAGUUGUAACGCGUCGCCUCGCGUUUUGGCGCAUUGAAGAAACCAGGAAACCGGUCGGAGCCUGAUCCAGCGUAAGACGCGAAAACGCUACGUGUCACCAUCUUUCCCACGCCCGUUGAACUGCUACAUUAGAGACUGCCGCAAGCAAAGUGUGGCAAUAUAUCGCAACAGAAAUAUGAAUGCAAUUCUCUAAUAUUUUACGUGGCGAUUGGACAUCUCUUACAUAUAGCAGAAGAACAGCGCGGUUUGAGCUGUAGCGUCACGCGCACAGCCAUUAGCACAUGCCGAUAACACGCGUUUCGUGGAGGGGACGCUUAGCGUCAUGGAAGCUUUACUCUCUCUCUUUCUCUCUUUCUCUCUUUCUUUCCGCCUAAUGUUGCCACCUUUUUUCCCGGAGGGCUGUUUACAUGGUAAGCUCGCAAGCCUUCCCUAUAGUUGAGGUCAGAGCGCGACACGGCCGUACAACGGCGUUGCGACUCGGCGCCACUAAAUGCGGCGGGGAUCGAAUUUGACUUUAAAUCAAUUUUACCUUGGAUGGCAAGUUGCACUUGUCACCAGUCGUCCACCUAAACGGGCGAUUGGUGACUUAUGUCGUCGGCACCGCGCGUAACAUAGACCUCUAAUUGUCAUCGCAAAUUCUUAGGGUUGCACGUUUAUGUCGAGGACCUCCAGAUUUUUUUUUCUCGUUGACGCAAUUUCUUUUGAAAUACGGUGAUACGAUCUCGAUGAUUUACUAAAGCUCGACGUAGUGGACGCCAGCUGUACGUAAGUGCGUCGUGGUAGCACUGGCCACUGCGUCGCGAAUGUGCUUGAAAUUCGCCUCCGGUGUGCGCAGCCCGAACUGUAAGGUAGUGCCGUUUAAUCGCAUCAGUAAGCAGCUAUAGCACGCUAAUAUGGUCUGCCUCCAUCCUCGCAAGCACACACUCACGUCCGCCUUAUUCCUCAGUUGUCAGGUUACUACCGAGGAAAAAAAAAAAAAAAAAGCUGCUGGGAUUGUGAAGUGAUGAUUGAACUCGGUGCUUCAUCCGGUAUUGUGCCAUCAUUAGCUUUCUUCUUUUUUUUUAGAGGGGGGAGGGGAGGAGAUGGCGAUGUGUCCGAUUACCUGCCAUGUGUGGUCGCGUACUGUAUCUUAUACCUUGAAUCUUCUUUCGCGAACGUGCUGCUCAAACGGCUGUGUUCGGGGCCUUUGACGCUGUGAGCGGUUGACACUAUACUGCUGUUCGUUUUCAGUUCAUCCUGUAUAAAGCAGUUAUGGGCAUACGUGAUUUGUGAAUUCUUUCAGUGUUGUCGUUCUUGAUUGUUUUACCUUUUCUCUUGUGCGGAGCCAUGUCAUAACGUUUCACUGCGCAUCAAAAGAUGUAUUUUGUGUUUGCUGUCUCAUCACAGAGUAUACAAACAUUUAUAUUUUCCGUUCGUUUUGUCCCGUAUGCGUUUUGUUCAUUUGUAUUACUUGUUUGUUCAGUACCAGUCGCGUACGUUGAAACUAUGCAAGAUUAUUUCCAAAGUGACCUUGAAUAAAGCGAUUGAAGAAACAGCUGAAGAUAGGUUUCGUUCACGUGAAAGACCACGUGACCUGUGGACCAAAGCUUUCCUGUACAUGAAAAAUAAACACGGCUUUUGUGGCGUA